CAUCGCGCCGCUCCGCGCGAGUGACGGCCCGAAGCGCGCCCCGCGCGACGCGACGGCGCCGGCGAACGAACUCCAAUUCCGAAUCCAAAGAAUCGCACCGGCCAUCGAUUCAUCGACAUGACGGACGCGAGCGGCGCGCUCCCGGCGCGGUUCGCGACGUCGGUGGGACUGACGAACCGUGAGAACGUCGUGGUGUGCGAUACGGGCACGGGAUUCGUCAAGGCUGGGUACGCGGGGGAUGAAGAACCGCGAACGCUGUUCCCGUGCAUGGUGGGACGACCGACGCUGCGGUACGAGGAAGACGCGUUCGACGAUGAAGCGAUGAAAGACGUGUACGUCGGGGACGAGGCGGCGCGAAAACGCGCGAAUUUAGAAAUUUCGUACCCGGUGUCGAACGGGGUGGUGCGAGACUGGGAAGAUAUGGGAUUGGUGUGGGACAGGGCGUUUGAGAGUUUGGGAUGCGAUACGCGCGAGUGCAAGGUGAUGCUCACGGAUCCGCCGUUGAACCCGAAAUCGAAUCGCGAGCGCAUGAUGUCGACGAUGUUUGAGACGUAUGGGUUUCGAGGGGCGUACGUCCAAGUGCAGGCGGUGUUGACGCUGUACGCGCAAGGAUUGAUGACGGGAGUCGUCGUGGACUCGGGCGACGGCGUCACGCACGUCGUGCCGGUGGUGGAUGGAUAUUCGUUCCCACAUCUCACCAAGCGAUUGAACGUGGCGGGAAGGCACGUGACGACGCGAAUGAUUGAUUUGUUAACGCGUCGAGGGUACCCGCUGAAUCGAACGUCGGACGUGGAAACGGCGCGUUUGAUCAAGGAGGAGUUGUGUUACGUCGCGUACGACUACAAGCGCGAUUUGCAGUUGGCGCGAGAGACGACGGCGACGAACGCGUCGUACACGCUGCCGGACGGGCGAGUCAUCAAAUUCGGCCCGGAACGGUUCAUGGGUCCCGAGUGUUUGUUCCAGCCCGAUCUCAUCGACGUCGAAAGCGACGGGAUCUCCGACCUCGUCUUCAAGUGCAUCCAAGAAAACGAAAUCGACAAUCGACGGUCGCUGUAUCAACACAUCGUCUUGUCCGGCGGGAACUCCAUGUACGCCGGCUUACCCUCGCGACUCGAGCGCGACAUCAAGCGCCUUUACCUGAAAAACGUCUUGAACGGCGACAAAGAGGCGAUGAAAAAGUUCAAGAUGAAAGUCGAGGCGCCGGCGCACCGCAAGCACAUGGUCUUCGUCGGCGGCGCCGUCUUAGCGGACAUCAUGCGAAGCAAGGACGAGUUCUGGAUCUCCAAGCAAGAGUACGAGGAGCAAGGCAUCGAACGAGCGUUGAAAAAAUGCGGCAUGUGA